AAUCCAGCAAUGGAUUGCCUUUUGCAUUGAGCGUUGCUCGUGAUAUAAAAGCCCACAUCAAGCAGCUAGGGGUGUACACAAGUUGAUAAUCUUUGUUUACAGAGCAUCAGUGAAAAAGCAGGCAUCCAGAAGGUGUCAAACCAAACCUGGCAUAUAUCUCCCAGGAGAGGCUGUGUUUUCUGAAGGAGCCCCAACCAAGAUACUGUAUCAAACAGUAUAACUGGGACAAACAUUAACAUGGCUAGCAUGGCUGUUCAGUUACUGGGCUUCUUCCUGAGUCUCCUCGGUCUAGCUGGAACAAUAACUGCUACCAUCCUGCCUCACUGGUGGAAAACAGCGCACGUGGGAACCAACAUAAUCACAGCUGUAGCAUACAUGAAGGGUCUCUGGAUGGAAUGUGUUUGGCACAGCACUGGGAUCUACCAGUGUCAGCUCCACCGUUCACCACUUGCUUUGCCUCGUGACCUUCAAGCAGCCCGUGCCAUGAUGGUGAUUUCCUGUGUUCUUUCCACCCUGGCUUGCAUAGUUGCGGUUGUUGGCAUGGAGUGCACACGAUGUGCCAAAGGGUCCUCUGCAAAAAAUGUAUUUGCUGUCUUGGGUGGAGUCCUUUUCAUACUGGCAGGGCUCGUAUCACUCAUCCCUGUUUCUUGGUCUACCAGUGAUGUGGUAACAGAUUUCUACAACCCAAUGCUACCCAACGGGAUGAAAUAUGAGAUUGGGCAAGCUCUUUACCUUGGCUUUGUUUGUGCUUCAUUGAGUAUAAUUGGUGGAACUGUCCUCUGUGUUUCAUGCCAACAUAUUGAGAAUGAUAUAACCUACCACCCACAGCCAAGGAGUGCAAGGGCAGCUCCACCCUAUAGACCACCAAUGGCCUUCAAGGCAAAUCACACUUCAUCACUAACUUCUGCUUCUCACAGUGGUUACAGGUUAAAUGACUAUGUGUAAAUUCUCUGGGAUCUACUUUAAUAAUGUGUAUAUGUGACAUUAUAAAGAAGGUGUUAUUAAUAUAGUCUUUUUCAUACAAUGUUUACCACUGUUCUACUUUUCAUGUAAAAUGCAUGUAA